AUGUUCUUCAACCUGUUUGUGCUAUCUGCCUCCAUCGGCCUCAUCGAAGCCAAUCUCCAGCUGGUUUCUGUGCAAUCCAUCUUUCGACAUGGCGACCGCGCCCCCUCCAAACCCUACCCGAACAAUCCUCAUGGCCCCGAACAUUGGCCGAACGGUUGGUCCCAACUUACAAAAGUUGGAGCGGCACAAACUCAAGAUCUCGGCCGUUACUACCGCCUUCGCUAUGUCGACCAACUCUCUCUGUUGAACUCAACAAAUCUCCUGACCGAAGUUCGAAUGCGCUCGACCAGCAAGAAACGCGCGAUCGAGAGUGCUGACAACGUGAUGCUGGGCUUGAUGGGGACGCAAAUCGAGCAGACCAACAUGGACAUCCAUCAUGACUACAAACAAGACCUACUUUUGAAGCCGAACAGCGUGGAUUGCCCUAGGUACGAUCAAAUUUUGGACGCAGAUAACAACAAACUCUUCGCGCUCUACAAUUCUACCUUCGCAACAACCUUCGAACAGCUCUCCAAGUGGACCGGGAUGCCUGUGGAUAUGAGCAAUAUCGACAAAGUCUUCGAUUCACUUUUCCGCGAAGCUGUACAUGGUCUGGAUCUUCCGGUUUGGGCCAUGGAGACCGUGUAUGACCCAAUAAAUCGACGAUUUAUUACGAUUUACGAGCUUGUUUUGGAGCUGAAGCGAGUUCAACGACUUGGAGAGUUCAAUUCGGCCGAAAAAUCGAAGCUGCGUAGUGGAUUCUUGCUGGGGCAGAUCAUGGAGUUCAUGAAGAACAACACAAACGGAAAAGCGAACCCGAAAUUGAUGUUGUAUUCUUCGGUAAGCAUUUUGAAACUUUUGAGAGGAGUUUUUAGUCAUCAUUCGUUAUUUUUACGAGGAAAAACAUAUUUUACGGCUAUCGCCGACCUAUUUUACGACACAACAGAUAUUUUCCAGCAAUCGCCAAACCUUUUUCUUGUCAAAACCGACAUUUUCCGCCCUUUUUGGACCGUAUUUUAGCCAAAAUUUAAAUUUUUGGCCUUUUCAUAUCAAAUCCGACGCAAAAAAUACUAUGUAUCACCGUAUUUUACUCAACAAAAACCCUUCAAAAUCAAUUCCAACCACAUUUUCACUCUAAAAAAUCUCUUUACAUUCCUCUAUUUACUCGUUUAUAACGAACCAACAUGCAACAAUAAAAAAGGUUGGAAAAUGAAAAAUCUGACAAAACACCCGUUAAAGACCGAGACUGUACAAGUUUAAAUUUCAGCAUGAUGCCACGUUGACUUCGCUUUUGUACAGUAUCAACGCGUCCGAUGAGCAGUUGACACCGUAUGCCGCGGCGAUUACUUUUGAGUUGUGGAAAGACCCGGAAGGCCCGCAUCAACCGACAUACUACGUUAAGGUAGGUAAAUGGGGGGUCUACAAAAUUUCUAUAAAGUUAGGAGGAGGUACAUACGGAAGAGUGGGAUAAGAGGGGACCAGAAAAAAAAUUUUUUGAAAUGCCAUGGAGAAGAGACGAAAUUUUGGCAAGAAAUAGGCAAAAUUCGAAUAUUAGAGACUUAGAGUGGCGGACUGGACCCAGUGGCAAAAAAACGUACCAUUUUGCAUCCGGGAAGUAUCAAAAAAAUAUGGGAAAAUAGCUCCCUCUCCAAGUGAAAAACUCCGAUUUCAAAAGCGAGUUUUUUAGUUGGAGAGGGAGGCAUUUUGCCACAUUUUUGAUACUUCCCGGAUGCAAAAUGGUACGUUUUUCGCCGCUGGAUCAGGUCAGUCACUUUAAAAGGAGGGUAUGGCAAAACGUGGCCAAAAACACAUUGAAAUUAAAAAAAAUUUCGAAAAAAUAGUGAUAUGGCAAAUUUUUUUGACAAAAAGACCGCAAUUUGUAAAAUAGGUCUCAUUUUUUUGAAAACCCCAAUUUUUUAGUUUAAAAACUCAAAAUUUCUAAUUGGUCGCCCCUUACCAUACCCAUCUAAAAAACUUCUCCUAACCUCCUCCCACAAAUUCCACUAACUUUUCUACCUCAAAAAAGACAUUUUUCCCUGUUUAGACCAAAAACAAUGUAAAAUUUUCAAAUUUUCUCAAAAUUCAGACCAAAACACAAUGAUUAAAACUCAAUUUCAUAUGUAAUAUUCUAUUUAUUCCAACUUUCAGGUCCUGUAUCGCAACCAGUCGUACGUGGAGGACGCUGUGGUCUUGGAUAUACCCGGCUGUACGGCGCAGAUUUGCGAAUUCAAUCAAUUUUUCGGAGCGCUGGAAAAGAAUGUGGUCAAUUCGUUCCAGGAGCAUCGGGAGUUGUGUAAAUUGUAA